AUGGCUCCUCUUCAAAUCGGUCUUCUUCUCGGUUCAAGUAGACCCAACCGUAUUAGCCCACAAGUGGGCAACUGGAUCAAAACAUUUCUCGAGUCAAUUAGGGCAACGAGCCCCGAGUUUUCUAUAUCGACUGUUGAUAUAGAGACGUUCGGUUUACCUGCUUUUAACAAACCGGUCCAUCCGGCGCUGAUUAGUGACCUAUCGACAUUCAUCAGCCCAUCGGUACGUGCUUGGAAUCACGAAGUUGCCAAAUACGACGCAUAUAUUGUUGUGUCCCCGGAAUACCACGCGGGUAUUCCUGGCACACUUAAAAAUGCCCUGGACUUCCUCUAUCAUGCCUGGGCCGGAAAAUCAGCGAUGAUUGUGACCUAUGGCAUCAUGGGCGGCGCCUCCGCCAGUGAAGGUCUUCGUGUGAUUCUUGAAAAGGGAUUCAGAAUGAAAGUGUCUUCAUUUGUCCCGAGACUGGAAUUCCCCGGUCGAGAUCCCACGAAGAACAACUCCAGUCCGGCAUUGAUGGAAGCGAUGCAGGGAAAGUUGUCUGUUGAUACCGUGAAGAGCUGGGAGAGUGAAACAGAGGAAAUCUUACAGGGAUUCAAGGAAAUAUUGGAGUUUGCCACUGCGAAGUAG